AAUACUAUUCAUAUCCUAUCAAUCUAUGAUGCUAUUUGCUAAGUUGGAAAAUGUCAAAUAAUUUUUUUUUUUUUUUUUGAAAAUUUCGCCUGCAGCAAAAGAAUACGAAACAAUCAAACCGAUCUCUCAGGGAGGGUGAACCCCAAAUCUUCCUCAAAGUUUCGUUGAAACCUGUAACGCUCACAAACCCUAGCUCCUUCAUCUUCUGUGGGGAUCUCCGUUGUUACAUUUCAAGGUGUGUUAAGUUUGCUAUUUUGUGACUGGAGGACGCUAUAAGUGCUUCAAUAGUUGCUCAAAGAAUUGGUUUCUGCAUAGUGCACGACCUCUGAGUUGAGCAACUUUUAUCACAAUGGGAAUCAUUCACCGCAGUGGGACUCUUAAAAAGACAAAUGAUAGUGCCAGGCUAAUUAUAACAACAAUUAUGGGAAUGGUGUUUGGAUAUUUUAUAGGCAUUUCCUUUCCAUUUGUUUCUCUAACUAAGAUUAACUUACCCUCAAGCCUUAUAUCAACUAUUGAUGUAGCUUUUGGUGAUGACCGUCACAGACAUACAUCAUAUAGUGCUCGUAGUUUUCCUGAAAACCUUGGUUCUGGUAGUAUUCCUGUAACGCCCAAGAUAUAUGUACCUACCAAUCCUCAUGGUGCAGAAUCACUGCCACCGGGAAUUGUAGUUGCAGAAUCAGAUUUUUAUAUGCGUAGAUUAUGGGGUGAACCAAGUGAGGAUUUAAGAAGGAAACCAAAGUACCUGGUGACCUUCACAGUUGGUCUGGAGCAAAAGAACAAUAUUGAUGCAGCAGUUAAAAAGUUUUCAGAGGAUUUUCAGAUUAUGCUUUUUCAUUAUGAUGGUCGGACAAGUGAAUGGGAUCAGUUUGAGUGGUCAAGGCGUGCAGUGCAUGUCAGUGCUAGAAAGCAAACAAAAUGGUGGUAUGCAAAGCGGUUUUUGCAUCCUGAUGUUGUAGCAGCUUAUGAUUAUAUAUUUAUUUGGGAUGAAGAUCUUGGAGUGGAGCACUUCAAUGCUGACAAGUAUAUUCAGCUAGUGAGGAAACAUGGUCUAGAGAUAUCUCAGCCUGGUCUAGAGCCAAACAAUGGAUUGACAUGGCAAAUGACCAAAAGGAGAGGAGACAGAGAAGUCCACAAGGAUACAGAUGAGAAACCAGGCUGGUGCAGCGAUCCACAUCUGCCUCCCUGUGCAGCUUUUGUGGAAAUAAUGGCUCCUGUUUUCUCUCGAGAAGCAUGGAGAUGUGUUUGGCAUAUGAUUCAGAAUGAUCUGGUGCAUGGAUGGGGAUUGGAUUUUGCUCUCAGAAGAUGUGUAGAGCCUGCUCAUGAGAAGAUUGGUGUAGUUGAUUCACAGUGGAUCAUUCAUCAAGUUAUUCCCUCUCUUGGGAAUCAGGGGCAGGCGGAGAAUGGCAAAGCUCCUUGGCAAGGGGUAAGGGAGAGGUGCAGAACUGAGUGGGCGAUGUUCCAAGAUCGCCUAACCACUGCAGACAAGCAGUAUUUUGCAAAGAUUGGUAGGAGUUUGCAUUGAAAUGCCUCCCAUAAUCCCAGCACAUUUUGUACAGUGCUCCUUUUCUACCUUAUAUUUUUGUUUCCACCAUUUUUCUGCUUUAGAGUUGCGCAUAAGUCGGGAAUUGUGCUUCCCUCACCUCCUUUUUUCUACUCAUUAGCAGAGUAGGGGCAUUAUCUGUAGCCAUGAAACAUUCAACAGUUAGAUAUUGGAAUCUCUGUGCAAUAGCUCUGGCGUGUCAUUUUUGUUCACCAAUAUUUAAUUAAUUAAUUUA